CACGAAUUAGAGCCGGUUCCCAUAUAGCUGGAAAUGGCGCCUGUGACGCAAACAGAUCAGGAUCUGGAAGGCGUGCCAAAGCAUGCAUCCAGGGGGGAAAGGCACCAGCAUACCGAGCUGCCACCGUCAUUACAGCGGAUUGUAGCACAGGAAGAAGAAGAUGAGAGCAUCUACGGCGAGUAUUGGGCGAAAGAGUACAAUGAGCCUGUCCCACCCGUGCGCUAUGCAGCAUACACGUCAAGACUUCGGACUCUCGCCAUUUCGCUGCAGCGAUACGUCGCAUACACUUCCAACAUCAGCGAUUCCAUCGGCCCUUUAUCCAGCCCUUACAUACUGACCGGGGCACAUGCUGUCUCCUGGGGGUACAUUCUAUGGGAUGCUAUUCACGAGUCUCGCAAGGCAUCCCACAAAAUUCCACAUUUUGAUGCGGACGCCGCGGCUCACCCCCGAGUAGCUGCUCUUUCGAAGGAUUAUCGGCUUGUUGGCGUCCAGCGCAUUUUAUUUCACAGUCUGGCUAGCAUGGCGCUCCCUGCCGCCACAAUCCAAAGUGCCAUGAAGUGUGCCAGCUGGAUGAUGAAAGACGUGAAGAGUAGACGUCUUCGGACGACUGGCACCCUGGGCCUUGGGUUAUCUGUAGUACCAUUCUGUCCAUAUAUUUUCGACAAGCCAGUGGAGAAAGUGCUGGACUGGGCCUUUGCCAAAGCACUUUGAUCAUUGGGCGCCUGAUGAGUGUCUUGUAUAUACAUAGCAGUUUUGUUCGACCUUCGCAGGUUAUAUCCACAUUGGCUACCGACUCCACCCGUCGCACUUAUUCCGCUAGCAUAUCUGCUAGAACAUGAGCUUGACUCAGAUGCAGGUCCUUAGUGGCCGUCAUCAGAACCAGCUGUCCGCUGUGGUGUAGAUUCUGCAGGUGUUUGAAAGCACUUGCGGGUUCCUCGUCGUGGAGCUCGUCCCUAUACCGGCUGGCGAAUUCUUCGUACUUGUCUGGGUCAUGCGCGUACCAGUGUCGUAGUUCUGUCGAUGGAGCGACUUCCUUGAGCCAUUCAUCCCACGGUGCCUCGUCUUUGCGUUGACCGCGAG